GUUUCCAGUCCUAACAGUCCACCGGCUGCGCUCAAACUGACACGUACGACGGUGGCGAGGACCCAGGCCCGGCGGACCGUCCGUUCCGGCCAAACAAACCACUUAAUUACAACUGAACGUCUGCUCAAAGUACUUUGAAUGACUUUUGUUGACAGCGUAAGGAGUUGAAAGUUUUUUCAAUGGGUCACCCGCGCAAAGACCAACAGUGAGUGAGUUCGUGAGUGAGGCGGGCGAACGGCGAGAGGAAAGAGGAGGGGGGACCAUUGCCCACCGGCUAUCGGAGCUGGGAUCGACUAGUUGAAAAGAAGACAAGACAGACAGACGGUGGCUUGUUCGCGACGAAGUUGACACACGCAAAGACGCUCCGAGGAGUAGUCUGAACCGAAACUUGGAACUACAAAUUUGGAUGUAACGGAGAAAAGUUUGAACCUGAGUGUGGAUUUGUUUUCCCCCGUCAAAACCGCUAGCUGAAGGACUGUAAAUUUAGACUUCACUUUUUUUCUGGACUUUUUACAGUAUCUAAACUUUUUGACUCGACCACAGCAUCUCCAAAAUGGAUAAAUACGAGGAUUUAGGACUGGAGGCAAGUAAGUUUAUAGAAGAUUUAAACAUGUAUGAAGCAUCUAGAGAUGGUUUAUUUAGAACAAAGAGGGAUGCAGGGAAUAAUCCUGAUUUUGAAGAGACUAGAAGAGUUUUUGCUUCAAAAAUGACUAAAAUACACAUGCAGAAACACCAAGAGGAAAUGGCAAGAAACAACCAGGCCUUAAGGAUGAAUGGGGGUCUCAACAACGCAUAUUACACGAAAGAUCGGCCACCCAUCAAUAGCUCCAGGCAGCAAGGUGAAGCUGCUGCAAAACCUCCAAUACUAUCUGGUCCUUUAUCGUCUGGAGGUCAUUCUUCACAGUUUGAUGGCCAGAAGAAUCACGCAGCCAUUCAGCCUGAGCCUCUAGUCAGCAGGGCAUAUGGCUACGGAAACAAUUCCGCUAAUAAGGAGCGCUCAGACCUACAUUUGUACCAGAACACCACCCCUGCCGCCCUCGGCCCAGGAAAUGCUUUUCACAGUGCACCCAUGCACACUCGUCAUCCGGUUCCACGGGCCUCAUCCCCACAACAGCGCCAGUCUGCAUCUCCAACCAUGAUCAGUCCUCCACCAUUACAGAACCCGGAUGUCCCCUUCUCAUCUAACAAGAGUCCAACUUCUUCAUCUUUUCCUAAGGAAAAAACAGACCUCAUUCCCUCACUGCCCCUCAGUGCCUUCACAGGAGGGGCCAAUUUACCUUCCAUACACACUGCAGCUCACUAUGCACCAUCUUCUCUGACUUCAAAAACAUUUUCAAGUCAGAAUGGCCCAGCGGUGGCUUCCUCUCAAGUGUCUUCUGAAGCACCUCAAACCAAAGUCCAGGUCGCUUCUGUCUCCAAAAGCUUCAGCCAGAGUCAAGAUCAGAGUCAGAUACCAAGCUUUGGGAAGGCCAUUGGUGCUGAAGCGUCUUCCUUUAAGCCUGUAGAGCCACCACCAGAACACAGCCCGUCAGCUGCUGAAGUCAAAUUAGAGGCCCUCACGAAUCGUCUGGAAAAGGAGAUGAGUUCUCAACCAAAAGCUGACUACUUUGGAGUCUGCGUUAAGUGCACCAAGGCCGUGUAUGGAGCCAACCAGGCAUGUCAGGCAAUGGGUAGCCUCUACCAUGACAACUGCUUCACCUGCAGUGCCUGCAGUCGAAGGCUCAGAGGAAAGGCUUUCUACUAUGUUGGUGGAAGGGUUUUCUGUGAAGAGGACUUUCUGUACUCAGGUUUCCAGCAGUCAGCUGACAAGUGCAAUGCAUGUGGUCACCUUAUCAUGGACAUGAUCCUGCAGGCUCUCGGGAGGUCGUACCACCCGGGCUGCUUCCGCUGCGUUAUCUGUAAUGAGAGCCUCGACGGCGUGCCCUUUACUGUGGACACAGAAAAUAAGAUCUACUGUGUUGAAGACUACCACAGGGUCCUGGCUCCCAAAUGUGCCUCUUGUAAACAGCCCAUUCUUCCAUCUGAGCAGGGCUCUGAUGAGACCGUCCGUGUCGUUUCCAUGGACAAAGACUAUCAUGUGGAAUGCUAUCACUGUGAGGACUGUAAGAUGGAGCUGAAUGAUGAAGAGGGUCACCGCUGCUACCCUCUGAAUGGCCACCUUCUCUGCCACUCCUGCCACUUGAAGCACAUUGAGCCAGGCAGCUCCUCUUCUUUGGCCAGCAGCGCCUCCUAUUAACGCCAGUAUGGGUGGAGGGGGACACCUGGUGGACAUUUUGGGGGAGAACUCUCACAUUGGAGCGUGAUCGCAAUUCUUGUUGUCGAGGAUUUGUUGGAAGUUUCACUUAAUGGAUUGAUGAAACCUUAUGAAUCAACGCUAUUAUAAUGAAGGAAAACAAUACGUACUCCAGCGCGUUAUUUGAAUACAGUAAAGUUUGGUGCUAUACCUGACACAUUG